ACUCUCUCCAUUUUAAAUUUCUAUAAACGUUAACAGCUUCAUUUCCUUUCUCAUAAAUUCAACAACCUUUGUUAAGAACAAGUCAACAACAACAAAAAAAAAAUAUGCUGCUGAAAAAAAUGAUAGUAGUUUUUCUAGCGUCAUUGCUACUAGUUUUGAAUACAGUGGCAGAAAGUCCUUCUAGAUUCUUUGAAUGGAAUGUCACUUAUGGAACUAUUUCUCCUCUAGGUGUUCCUCAACAGGGAAUUCUGAUCAAUGGGCAAUUUCCUGGUCCUGACAUCAUCUCAUUCACUAAUGACAUGGUUUUUGUCAAUGUCUUCAACAACUUGGAUGAGCCUUUUCUUAUUUCAUGGAGCGGAGUGCAACAUAGGAAAAACUCAUUCGUAGAUGGAGUAUGGGGAACGACAUGUCCAAUACCACCAGGGAAGAAUUUAACAUACACUAUGCAAAUGAAGGAUCAAAUAGGGAGCUUUUACUAUUUUCCUUCUCUUGGAUUCCACAAAGCCGCGGGUGGUAUUGGUAGCAUCAGGAUCUUCACCAGGCCUUCUGUCCCUUUUCCCGUCCCUGCUUAUUCUGAUGAUUUCAUCGUCCUUAUUGGAGAUUGGUACAAGUGCAAUCACACGAAACUUAGAGCAAUUCUUGACAGAGGCCACAAGUUGCCUUUUCCGGAUGGCAUUCUUAUCAAUGGUCGCGGCCCUAAUGGUGCUACCUUCACAGUUGAUCGAGGGAAUACUUAUAGGCUGAGGAUAUCAAAUGUUGGAUUGGAACAUUCUCUCAACUUUCGGAUUGAAGGACACAACAUGACAUUGGUUGAAGUAGAGGGUACACACACAAUACAAGUGUCAUAUUCCUCACUCGACGUUCAUGUUGGACAAUCUUACUCGGUCCUUAUCACAGCUGACCAAGCUCCUAAAGACUACUACAUUGUUGUUUCAUCUCGUUUCACCUCUAAAAAGGUUCUUACUACCACCGGUGUACUUCACUAUAGCAACUCUAAUAGCCCAGUCUCAGGCCCAAUCCCCAAUGGACCAACCAUUGAAGUUGGUUUGUCCCUGCACCAAGCUCGUUCUAUCAGGACCAACUUGACAGCUAAUGGACCAAGGCCUAACCCACAAGGCUCGUACCAUUAUGGCAUGAUCAAUACAACUAGAACUAUCAGACUUGGAUCCUCCGCUGCCCAAGUGAAUGGCAAGCAGAGAUAUGCUGUCAACAGUUUGUCAUUUGUGCCCACUGACAAUACUCCCUUAAAACUCGCUGACUAUUUCAAGAUUGGAGGAUUCACCCCUGGAAACAUACCUGAUGCUCCACCCGGCGGAAGAAUUCACCUCGACACAUCUGUUUUGCAAACUGACUACAAGGCUUUCAUUGAAAUUAUAUUCGAGAACAAAGAGCGAAUCGUCCAAAGCUGGCAUAUUGAUGGCUAUGCCUUUUGGGUAGUAGGCAUGGAUGGAGGACGAUGGACUCCUGCAAGUAGGAACCGAUACAAUCUACGCGAUGCAGUUUCACGUAGCACAACUCAGGUCUAUCCAAGGUCAUGGACAGCAAUAUACAUUGCAUUAGACAAUGCGGGAAUGUGGAACAUAAGAUCUGAAUUUUGGGCGCGACAGUAUCUAGGACAGCAGUUAUACAUGAGGGUAUACACGACAUCAACCUCUUUGCAAGAUGAAUAUCGAAUUCCACCUAAUGCUCUUUUAUGUGGCAAGGUGUCAGACCCCCAGAAUAAGACCGUCUUAAGUUGAGCUGCAACUGCAAUAGAGAAAAUUUGGUUUACAUAUGAUUCUUGCGGAUUAGGGUGGUAGCUUAGUAGGUAGUUGAGAGUCAUCUCGUUGUCUAGCGAGAUAGGUUCUUUCCUGUAGUAUUAGCACCAUUCUCGUAGUUUCUGGUCCCUCGAUUUCUUCUACUUUUGUUGUUUAUUAUUCUUUGGCUAUCGUAGGUUCCCUUUUCUGUAUGUUUUAGAAUGCUUUCCCAAUUAUUUUCAA